AUGUCAAAUACGAUUCAAAAUAAUACUACUCCUUCAAAAAGUGCUAGGUCUCAUCCAUCGAAAAUAUGCCGUCAUUGCAGAAGUAAUAUCGCUUGCGGAAGACCAAGAAUCCAUCUUUUUGGACCGAAAUCGCGUAACGAAAAUCUGCUCAAACGACUGUCUGACGUUCUUGAUGCGGAGGUUCAGCCUCACGACAGCCUUUCAGAAUAUUUUUGUCAAAGUUGCUAUCGAGAAUUCUUGAAGGUUGAGAAAGUACUGCUUCAGAGCAAACAGAUUGAAGCUUUUAGAGGCAAACAUAAAACUUCCAUCGAAGAACAACUUACUAAAGGUGUUCAAGGUGGCGAAGGCCGACAAAAGCGAUGUAACCGAAAUUCUCCUGCUUCAGUAGAACGUCAGAAGAGGCCAAAACCGCUCGGUCCUGCAAAUGAGUCCAAGAAGAAUUGUAUACCGAGUGCUCCAAGAAUAUUACUUCCAAAAACGGAUGACUUUGCCAGUAAUAGUCAUGAAACGAUAGAAGGAGUAACGCGAAUUGAAGAGGGACCAAUUCUUGACACUUGCAAAACAGAGGUCCAUUUAAGCUACCCUUCAAAGAAAGUAAUCAAAGUUAUCAAAGAUGCUACAGAUGCUAAAAUUAUUCGACAACUGGCUGACAGCUCAUACAAUUAUGCAGCAAAUGCUAUUUGGAGCAAAAUCCAGCUAAAAAAUGAACUGGCCAAGAAAAUUGAAAAGGAAAUUGACCAAGAAUGCCAGAAUAUCUGCAGUACAAAACAACCCUCCAUGCUGAGAAAAUGUGAUCCCAAUAGUUUGAUGAAGUUUUCAGAUAAGGAAUUUGAAGAGGAGCUUCAACUUCGUACACCGGUGUUCCACACAUUUCUUAAGUCAGCUAUGGGUGUUGAAAAACAGAAAAAAGUUAAGUCCUGUGCACCUGCAAUGACAAUGGCUGCUUCAGUCCUUUUGAAGCACAGGUGCCAAAGCAUGUCAGCUCAUGCUUACAGAUAUUCAGUUGGGGUCCUCUGGCACAGUGGUGCUAAAAAGCAGGGUUUCCUCAGAAGCAACAGGUGGGAUGUCUCUGCUAGCCAUUCUAGCACUUUAAGCAAACUGGAUGAAAUGGGUCUGUUAUCUGGGAGAGAAUUGAAAGACUGGAAAGAAAAUCUAGAGAGACAUGCUUACAUAAAAAAGGCAUUAUUAGAGGCAAGAAAGCACUGCCACAAGCCAGAGGAAUGUAUACCACAGGGAUUUGUUACCACUGAUGUCAGUGACCUCAAUUUGUGCUUUCCAGCCCUUUCAAUGUCUAUGGACAUUGACUUACCAAGCAGUGUCAAUAAUAAUCCUCUUCAUCACAAUAACAUGCAUGUGGAACUUGAAAUCGAUAUGGUAAAUGAUGGCAAGGACAAUAUGAAAGAAAUCUUAAUGAGGCAAGGCUGUGUUGAAACCUCAAUAUAUAACAUGUUUGAACUUAUUGAGAAGGAGUUCCCUGACCUGAACUAUGGUGACAUUGAUACAUCUAUGAUUGAUAAAGUACUAAAGAUCCAUGAAAGUCAGAAGCCAAAGAGUUAUCAGAUCAUAGGUGACAAUAUUGACUUGUAUGCAAAGGUAAAACACAUGAGCUCUGAAAACAAGAACAAAAGCAUUCAUUGGUUUGCAAUGAAUGCUGUUCAAGAUCGUAUCACUAGGUUGGACCUACCGGAUGAUAUGCCCAUUAAAGAUAUCCUCGAAAUGGAAAAUAUUGAGUUUUUACCAUCAUCAAUUGAUAAUGAGAAAUUUCUGCAUGACUUAAUUCCCUUAUGUGCACGAAUUGGCAUUGAAAAGUUACCUGCACUGAAAUGUUUCAAAGAUGUCCAGAUCAACCACAUUCCUCACCAGUACUCAAAAGAAGCAAAAACAAAGUCAACUCAGGAACCUCUUGGUAUUGUUUUCAAGAAUGAAAACUUGAAUGAUGAAAUGAUUGACAUCAUCCAAACCAUCCAUGAAAAAUUCCUUCCUGUAACAUUACAAGAAAAACUCACAGAAGAUGGGGAUACCAUCCUAGCAACUGAGGUCGCAGAGAAAAUUUUCUUCGGUGGUGACCAGCUCACAGAUGAAAGAGCCCGAAAUUCUGUGUAUGCCAGAAGUGACGGUGAUUCAGAGUUUGAAAGACUGGAGGGCCUUAUCCCUAAAGUAGAAGACUGGCAUGCCAUCAGACUUGUGUAUCAGAUAAUGUAUGAUAUACUAUAUCAUCCAGGCUCUGCCAACGAUGUGGGCAGCAUGUGCUCGAACAUGAAUGUCACCAAUAACAUCAAUGCAAAAACAACAAAUGUCCUUGACAAUUUUAACUACUGUAAAGAUUAUGUUAAAGUUGAGACAGAAGCAUUUGUUGUGGCUGGUAUCAUGUCUCAUUUCAACAUGGAAUCCUUAAAUUGCAACAUAACCAUCCCCAAUUAUGUUGAAAAUGCGACAAAGGAAGUUCGAAUUAUAUGGCUGCACAAGCAAAUGAAAGAAAUGCUGGAAAGAUUCAUUAUGACAAAGCAAAAAGAGGAGCUGGACCAACUACUUCAAGAAGUCCAUCAAGCCAAUCAACCUCGUCAGAAAAAAGUGUAUUUGUGUCGAUGCUGCAACAAGUCAUACGUGUACAAGAAGUGCCUUGAUCGCCAUGAAAAAAAAGAGCAUCCUGAAUUUGAACAGCCAACAGAAUUAAAGACAACAGAAAUACACGAUUCCAAGUCAAUAAGAGAGAAAGACGACUGCAUCUACAACUAUGCUUGUGCACGAUUGGGUUUGGGAUUACUGCUUCACAAUUUUGAUGAUUCGGUUAGGGAAGGAGAUGGUGAGAGAACAUUACGGUGCUGGAAGUUUUUAAUGUUGAUAUACAAGUGCUACAACCAUACAAAGUAUGCAGUGGCUGCUUUACAGCUAUUGGCAAAUGUCAAUGCCAUGCUGUCUCCAAGAAAGGCUCACUCCCUUGUGUGGAACAGGACCAUAAAUAAUAAAGGAGGAAAAGCAAAGAACAUAUCCUUGGAUUUACGAAUGGAACAUAUUGUUCACCUGCACAAAGAGAUGCUUGCCAACCUUGGAGUUAACCUCACCCCUGAAUGUGCUGCUAGAAGUAGUAAUGCUGUAAAACCUGUGGAAGAACUAUUGAGAACAGUUGAUAAUGAACUUUUGUGCAAGAGAUCAUCUGGAAAGCACACAGUCACUCGAUCUCAAAAUGAUUUUGAGCUCAUUGUUAAUGAGCUCCACAGUAAAGGAAGGGUGUUCCAGUGGAGGCCUGAGGAACACAGGCAUUAUCAAUGUUUUCCCGAAUUUAAGAAAACGCUGGUGAACAACCUUAAUUACAAAACACUCAACAAAUGGAUUAAUGAGCACAAGAAGCAGUGGUCCAAAAGAGGAAAUUGAAGAGCAAGCUGAACAGAUUAAAGAUUUUUGAUGAUUUUUCCUCAGUAUUGUUUUCAAAAGCUGUAGAUUUUCUUCAACGUUUAACAAAGGAAUUAUUUAAAUAAUUUAAUGAAGACCUUGUAUUUUUAUACCAAAGGCAUAGACAUUCAUUGAAUUGCACUUGUUUAUGGUGAGGUUACUUCAGCAAGACCAGUAUAACUUUAACAGCUAAAACACCAAAAACUUCCAAAUGCAUUAAAUUAAAAGAAUAGCGUGAGUUUUGCAUUAAUGUUCUGGUUGCUUGUGAAUGUUUUUAUGGUUGAACAUUAUUUGUUAUUGCAUAAUUCUAUAUAGGUAGGUUUACAGAAAAGAUUUAUUGCCACAUGUGAAUGCAUUACAACCUGCAUAGUUACUGUGUAAUAGUUUAUAAGCCCCUUUUGUCUGUACAACAAGAAUAAUAUUCUAACAGUUAAAAAGGUUUUGUUAUAUUGUCAAGACACUCUCAUGUUGACAAAAAAUACGUGGGUAGUUGAGUACCCCCAAGUUCAAAGAAGUAAAACUGUAACUCUUGAAUCAGUCUAGUUAAAUAACAAAACUUAAACAUCAUGGGUCUAUAGAGACAAAACUAGCUAUACUUAAUGUUUUAACAGAACUUUAUCCUAAAGUCUAAUGGUCAGUAUGUCAUGUGUUUUAAACAUGGCUUAAAAUAAAAAACAACAACUUCAAACUAA